AGAAAAUUCGCUUCAACUAUUUUUUUUGAGCUGCAAGUCAUUCCGAGCUUUUCCAUUGCAUUUUCUCUUCCCAUCUCCAUGCAACUGGCCAUGAGAAAUGCUGGUUGUGACUGAGCUUUGCUGAGACCAAUUGGAUGGCCUGGUCAAGCAACUAUUCCCGGUGGCAACGGGAAGAAUAUCCCUCAUCUGAGUAAGUACUUCAUAUCUCAUAUGCCCUCUCGUCAGGCUUGCACGUUUCUCUGUACUUUGUGAGUUUCACCCCUCACACCUACGUCGCGGUGAUGACAGAACUUUUUUUUUCCAACUGGAACACAGAGGGCGUCAAACCUCUCGAUGAGUGUACCUAAUAGACUACAACGGUAUCUGAGCGACAGUAUUCUGCAAGAGAUUUAUUACUUUCCUAUCUCCUCCUUUGGAGCACACGUUUAUAGCUUCCUGCAGCCUACUGACGCAACAACAGACCGGGCUGAACGUCCGUAAUGGCAGACACGCAGCUACCAAAUCAAAAUGGGGCAAUGACACCACCAAAACCGGUCGCCGAGCAAGCACCGUCUACCCCAGAUCCAUCGGCCACGGUCGUACCCCCUGCUCGGCGAGAAGUGCCGCUUUGGAAGAUCCAUGAGCUACCUGUGCCCAUUCGCACAUUCCCACUGCCAUACUUCCACCCGAGUAACCCGCUUUCCCUGGCCCAUGUUGCAUACGCAUGGAUUCGUGUCUGGUCACCAAGUACUAGGUCUGUCUUGAUUAAAGACCCAAAGUCAAUACGAGGUCUCUGGGAACAGGGCUUCUAUGGUAAGGGUCACCUCAGUCGAAGCGAGCCGAACUGGUUGAAGCGCGAGCAGGCCCGAAAGGGUGCUCAUAGCGAUCACGUCGCAGAGGUCUUCACGAAUCAAAGACGCCAAGAGCGCAUAGAAAUGAAAUGGGCACGUGCCAGAAAAGAACAGGAAGCAAUUCACAGAACCCGACAUGAUGAAGCCAGAGUCGCUCCUGUCGGACCUCUAGAGAUAUUGGCUAUGCCAAACUCCCAGCGCGAUCUAGACGUCUUGGUCUACGGCAGUAUCGCGGCUCUGACUGGGGCAGUAAACGGUGAUGUGGAAGCUCCUGAUGCUGGUGAUACAAUCGAUUCUACUGGUGUAGCAAACUCUUAUCAGAACGGACACGUUCAGAGACCAGUCACGCCUCAGGACAACCCUGUCCCUGCUGCUGGGGAUUCUUCAUCGGAGCGCCAGCCUCUCAAGCGACGCAAGAGCGUUCGCUUUUCCCCCAAAGUAGAAUCAACCACAUUCCAACUUUUCGAUCCACCGAGUCCCAGCCAGACUAUGAUGGUCAACGGCAACGGCAAGGCGCCGGAUGGCAUUCUCACUAAUGGACUCGCUGAAUUUACUCGAGACUCGAGCCUGAGUUUGACUCUGGAACCUGCAACUCUUGAACCAGUCCCAGAAGAUGUGAUCCCCAUCGAGCCAGAAGCCAGCGAGGAACUCACUGACAAGGAGCAUUUGCAGCUCACGCUCGAGGAAGCCUUCUGGCUCAGUUUUGGUCUGGGUGUGCUCCAGGUCAGAGACGAAGCCGAUGGGAGCCUACUAUCUGUCGAGUCUUUGCUCAGGCUUGGUCGGGAGUACUCUUACUUCCCGCCUCGUCCCGCCAAUCUCAGACCAGACGACCCAUUCCUCAUGCAUUACGCUGUAUAUCACCAUUUCCGAUCAUUAGGAUGGGUCACGCGGCCGGGUAUCAAAUUCGGAUGUGACUGGUUACUGUACCAUCGUGGUCCAGCAUUCAGUCAUGCGGAGUUUGCAAUUAUCGUCCUCCCAUCAUACUCUGACCCUUACUGGAAGGCGCAAGGUCUCGACACUACGGACAAGUCGUGGCAUUGGCUGCAUCUCGUCAACAGAGUACAGAGUACUGCGCUGAAGACGCUCGUGUUGGUUUAUGUCGAUAUCCCAGCGCCAAGUGAAGCGUCUUCAGACAUACCUUCUCUUCUGAAGCAAUAUAAGAUCAGGGAAGUGAUGGUGAAGCGGUGGCUUAUCAACCGCAACAGGGACUGAACACUUACUGUAUCCACGAACAAACACAUGCAUCACCGGCGUUUUGGUUCGACGUAGACAAAACUCAUAGGCGAAUCAAUUGUAUUAUCAAUAUGUACAGUACUGCGGAGAAUGGGUAGUUUCUGAUGUUCCUAGCCAUGGUGGACGUAAUAUACAGUUGAAAUCUAAUUGCACAAAGAGUAUUCCGUUAUUCUCCCGUACGAGGUCUGAGCCAAUUUACCCACUUGGACAUGACCAUUGUUACGUUUGAUUUUGAUUCGAAGACC